UAAAAGAGGCAGAAAGGGGAAAAAUUCAAGAGUGAGAAAUAAUUUUUUAUCACAACCCCCAGGGGGUGAGGGACUUCCACGAUUUUUGAGUGAUCCCUGAGUUAUCGGUAAAUUCCCACCGAGUCCCAACCGAGUCCUGAAGAUGGUCUCACUCCGAUUUUCUGAAUCCCCUCAUUCCUGACAACUCAGGCAUUAUCGCUGAAUCGCUUCAGCUGUUUUCAACAUCCUCUUGGGGUAUGUGAGAUCGUAAAUUAUAAAGAGGAAGAGGACUUGAAGAGGCCCCAAGAUGUCGUCCGUGAAGGUUGCGGUGAGGGUACGUCCCUUCAACAACCGCGAGAUAUGCCGCGAGGCGCAAUGCAUCAUCGAGAUGGCAGGCAAUACAACAUCGAUAGUCAAUCCAAAAGCGCCACCAGGAACAAAGGAAGCAAUCAAGAGCUUCAACUAUGACUACUCAUAUCAUUCGAUGGACGCCGAUGAUCCUAACUACUCGUCCCAGAUAAUGGUGUACAAGGACAUCGGUGAGGAGAUGCUUCAGCACGCCUUCGAGGGCUACAACGUCUGUAUUUUUGCCUACGGCCAGACUGGAGCUGGAAAAUCAUACACAAUGAUGGGUAAACAGGAGGAGGGACAGGAGGGCAUCAUCCCCCAGAUCUGCAAAGAUCUCUUUCGCAGAAUCAGCAGCAACACGAGUGACACUGUCAAACACUCGGUUGAAGUGUCAUACAUGGAGAUUUAUUGUGAACGAGUUCGAGAUCUUCUGAAUCCAAAGAACAAGGGUAACCUCAGGGUUCGUGAGCAUCCACUUCUUGGCCCCUAUGUUGAAGAUCUGUCCAAGCUCGCUGUGAUGUCUUACGAGGAUAUUCAUGAUCUCAUUGACGAGGGCAACAAGGCACGAACAGUUGCAGCGACCAACAUGAAUGAGACAUCAUCAAGAUCGCACGCUGUCUUCACGAUAUUCUUCACACAGCAGAAACACGACUCCACCACGGGAUUGGUCACGGAGAAAGUCAGUAAGAUAUCUCUGGUGGAUUUGGCUGGCUCUGAGCGAGCUGAUUCAACUGGUGCUAAAGGUACUAGACUCAAGGAAGGUGCAAACAUCAAUAAAAGUCUUACGACACUUGGAAAAGUCAUCAGUGCUCUUGCAGAAAUUGCGGCAACAAAGAAGAAGAAGAAAGCUGAGUUCAUACCGUACAGGGACUCGGUGUUGACCUGGCUUCUUCGGGAGAACCUGGGGGGCAACUCCAAGACAGCUAUGAUCGCAGCUGUCAGUCCUGCUGACAUCAAUUACGAUGAGACACUCUCGACGCUCAGAUAUGCUGAUCGUGCUAAGCAGAUCGUCUGCAAGGCAGUCGUCAAUGAGGACGCAAACGCCAAACUCAUACGUGAGCUCAAAGAAGAAAUACAGAAGCUUCGAGAGCUCCUCAAACAAGAAGGCAUUGACGUGCAAGAAGGGCCAGAUGGUAGAGUCUCUUAUGAAAAGAAAGAAUCUAGGGAGGAUGCUAUUAUUAAGAAUACCAAGAGGGAGGAGGACAUCAAGGAGGCGCGUCAGCGUUUACCUUCCCAUCCGACCGCUGAAGAAGCUGUCGAGCAGCUUCAGGCAUCGGAGAAACUCAUUGCUGAGUUGAAUGAGACGUGGGAGGAGAAGCUGAAACGUACCGAGUCGAUUCGCCUCCAGCGAGAGGCUGUCUUCGCCGAAAUGGGUGUUGCUGUUAAAGAAGAUGGUGUGACUGUUGGUGUAUUCUCACCGAAGAAAACACCACAUCUCGUUAAUCUCAAUGAAGAUCCACUGAUGUCUGAGUGUCUCAUUUAUUACAUCAAGGAUGGAUUCACGAGAAUUGGAUCAGCCGAGGCUAAUAUUCCCCAGGACGUUCAACUCUGUGGCCCCUACAUUCUCAGCGAGCACUGCGUUUUUGAGAAUCAUGAGGGUGUUAUAACCCUGAUGCCCAAAACUGGUGCACUGAUAUACGUUAAUGGACGGGAAAUCAGCGAGCCUAUUGUCCUGAAGACAGGCUCCAGGGUGAUACUUGGGAAGAAUCAUGUGUUUAGAUUUAAUCAUCCGGAUCAGGUCAGGGAACGGAGGGAGAAAAAUUCACCGGCUGAUACUCCGGGCACUGGUGAAACACCGGGAUGUGGGGAGAGUCCGGGUAAUGGGGAGACUGUUGAUUGGAAUUUCGCCCAGAUUGAAUUGCUUGAGAAACAGGGAAUUGAUCUCAAGGCGGAGAUGGAGAAGCGUCUGCUGACUCUGGAGGAGCAGUACCGAAAGGAAAAGGAAACCGCUGACCAGCGGUUCGAAGAGCAGAGAAAGAAUUAUGAGGCACGGAUAGAUGCUCUUCAGAAACAGGUCGAGGAGCAGAGCAUGACAAUGUCAAUGUACAGCAGUUAUACGCCUGAGGAUUUCAACAAUAUCGAGGAAGAUAUAUUCGUCAACCCAUUGUUUGACGCAGAGAGCAACUGGAGCGAACGGGAAUUCCAGCUGGCUGCGUGGGCAUUUAGAAAAUGGAAGUAUCAUCAGUUCACUUCACUGCGGGAUGAUUUAUGGGGGAAUGCUAUAUUCCUCAAAGAGGCUAAUGCCAUUUCCGUUGAGCUCAAGAAAAGGGUUCAAUUUCAAUUUACUCUGCUUACGGACACGCUUUAUUCGCCUCUACCACCGGAUCUUCUGCCGGCUGUUGAGGAUGACGAGGAGGAGGAGAGGCCAUUCCCACGUACAAUAGUCGCUGUUGAGGUGCAAGACACGAAAAAUGGCGCCACCCACUACUGGACGCUCGACAAAUUGCGACAGCGCUUGGAGCUGAUGCGUCACAUAUACAAUGAAGACUUGAGUCCCAGCACUCCGGAGGCCAAAGAGGAUAUAUUCCAAUGUCUCACUGCGUACUCUAAUCAGAGGUUCUCGCUCGCAAAUCUUUUGCCUUCGAGACAGCGCCUGGAGUUGAUGAGGGAAAUGUAUCACAAUGAGGCGGAACUGUCGCCAACAUCACCGGAUUAUAAUAUAGAAAAUAUCACGGGUGGAGAUCCAUUUUACGACAGGUUCCCCUGGUUCCGCAUGGUUGGAAGAUCUUUCGUUUACUUGAGCAAUCUGAUGUAUCCAGUGCCCCUGAUCCACAAAGUGGCGAUUGUCAAUGAAAAAGGAGAUGUCAAAGGAUAUCUGCGAGUGGCAGUGCAGGCAGUGGUCGAAGAGGAAAACAGUGAAUACUCGAGUGGUGUGAGACAAUCAGCUCGAAUCUCCUUCGACGACGAUCUCUUCGGGACACCACGUCCCGGCAAAAGAGCAACACUUCUCGCUCAGACUUUGGAGAAGAAUCAGCAGAUACUGAUGCAGGAGGAGCGUGUGGUGGAGGGCAAGGGCGAGGGCAAAGAGGGAAAGGAUGAGGAGGAAGUGGGUGAUGCUGACAGUGGCAGAGGUGACAGCUCAGUUGCCAGCGACAUGAAGGAAGAGGAUUUACCUGAUCAUCUCCAGCCUGGAGUUGAGUUCACAUUCAGGGUGACUGUACUCCAGGCAAUGGGCAUCUCCACCGAGUACGCUGACAUAUUCUGUCAAUUUAAUUUCCUUCACAGACACGACGAGGCAUUCUCCACGGAGCCAGUUAAGAACACUGGCAAGGGCAAUCCCCCAGGAUUCUAUCACGUACAGAAUAUCACCGUUACCGUCACCAAGUCAUUUCUGGAUUAUUUGAAAUCUCAGCCAAUUGUUUUCGAAGUAUUUGGCCAUUAUCAACAGCAUCCACUGCACAAAGACGCCAAAUUGGAUUAUGGAGUGAGACAGCCACCAAAACGCAUGCUACCACCAUCAAUUCCCAUAAGCCAACCAGUACGUUCACCGAAAUUUGGAUCAGUCCUACCAUCACCGAGCACCUCUCACGUUCACGCCAAAUACGAUGUGCUCGUUUGGUUCGAAAUAUGUGAAUUGGCACCCAAUGGCGAGUACGUACCGUCAGUCGUUGAUCACAGCGAUGAUUUACCCUGUCGUGGAUUAUUCCUCCUUCAUCAGGGUAUUCAGCGUCGUAUUCGUAUUACUAUUGUUCAUGAGCAGGCGUCUGAGCUGCGCUGGAAGGACGUCAGGGAACUCGUUGUCGGCAGAAUUAGAAAUACUCCAGAACCUGAGGAGGAGGACAAUGACUCAUCAGUUCUCUCACUCGGUCUCUUCCCAGGUGAGUACGUGGAGAUUCCUGGAGACGACAGGUGUAUGUUCAGAUUCGAGGCAGCGUGGGACAGCUCUCUUCACAAUUCAGCUCUUCUCAACAGAGUAACGUCUUAUGGAGAACAGAUAUUCAUGACAAUAUCCGCUUAUUUGGAAUUGGAAAACUGUGGGAGACCGGCUAUUAUCACUAAGGAUCUCAGUAUGAUUAUUUAUGGGAGGGAUGCCAGGGUGGGGCCUAGGUCACUUAAACACCUGUUUAGUGGUAGCUACAGGAAUCAAGAGGCUAAUCGACUCAGUGGUGUUUAUGAGCUGGUGCUGAGGCGUGCCUCCGAGGCUGGUGUUCAGAGACGUCAGCGCAGGGUUCUUGACACAAGCUCCACGUAUGUCAGGGGUGAGGAGAAUCUCCAUGGAUGGAGACCCAGGGGUGAUAGCCUCAUCUUCGAUCACCAGUGGGAGCUCGAGAAACUCACUAGGUUGGAGGAAGUCGAGAAGAUACGGCACACACUUCUACUCAGGGAGAAACUUGGAAUUGAUAAGAUUGCAAUGUGCAACAAGACUUGUCAUGACUUCACUAAGAGCGAGAAGGUACGGGCAUCCCUGGUACGUCCAUGCGUAUUAGAGGAGGUCUGCAAUAUGGUGGCUAAGGCAACCAACGAGCCACACGCUAGUCCUGUAAAACUCAAAAAAUCCACCAGCAAGGAUGUCUAUGAACCCUGGGAGAUGACUGACCAUGAGAAGGAACUCGCUACUAAAUAUGUCAAACUCAUUCAGGGAAGAAUCCCGAGUAAAGAACCUAUUGUACUGUCUGAUGUGUCACCGGGGGAUGACACCACUGAUAUGUCAACAUCGAUGAUGUCUUCGGUUGUAUCGUCAUCGUCUCAAGAGUUGAGCUCACCGGAACGUGCUAGACUCCAAGAGCUCCAGGAGAGCAUGAUGGCAGGCGAAACGGCGAGUCAGUCUAGCUCCCUGGCACCUGCACCCCUGGGCUCGACUUCGCCCUUGAAGGAGAGUCUAGUGCUCUAUGUGCCAGAGGUAGAGGAGAUACGUAUUUCACCUGUUAUUGCGAGGAAGGGAUAUCUCAAUGUCCUCGAGCACAAGACAAAUGGCUGGAAGAAGAGAUGGGUGGCUGUCAGGAGACCAUAUGUCUUCAUAUUCAGGGAGGAGAAGGAUCCUGUUGAGAGGGCACUCAUUAAUCUCGCUACAGCUCAGGUUGAGUACUCCGAGGAUCAGCUGGCAAUGGUCAAGGUACCAAAUACUUUUAGCGUUGUUACCAAACACAGGGGAUAUCUUCUGCAAACACUUGGUGACAAGGAAGUUUAUGACUGGUUGUACGCGAUAAAUCCACUUCUUGCUGGACAGAUUAGAUCGAAACUUGCACGCAGGGGACCCACGACAAAUCCAACAACAAUAACUUUAACUGCACCAUCCACAGACACACAGACACAGGCCAAGUGAGUCGCGGAAUCUCUCGCUGAUUACGUUAGUGUCAUCGCAAAUACUUCGAGGGGUAUUAUCAGAGGGUCUCACAGGGUCAUCGAGGCCCAGGACUUUUGUAGGUUUCGAUUUACCGUGAUUUUUGAGUAACAUCCAUGUCCUUGAUUUUUCAUCAUUUUUUUUAUUGCUCGUGGAAUUAUCACUGGUUUUUUCAAUUUCAUUGACAAAUCUCGCAAUCGAUGGGAAUUCUAUUUGUACUCUUGUGACAAUUCUGUGAAUGAGUUGUUGUGUAAUUUUCUUGGGGAAAUGGGGAAAAUAGAUUUUUCAGCGAAGGCGAUUUUUGUCGUAAUUUUUGAAAUACGUGAUCGACAACUCUCCGGGUGUUCGUGAGAACAUUCUGACGGUUGAGGUGUCUAGAGUAUGAUAUAUUUCAUAUUCACGUUGAAAAUAAAAGAAUGCUGUAAAAUCACGAUGGAUUAUUCAAGAUAAUCGAUUGUUUUUCAACCUGCGCUUUAAGCUGCUUUCAAUUCCAUGAGAUUUAUCGACGAAGUAUUUGAAAAAUAUUUUACACGGCCUCUUGGCAGUUUCUUUUGUGUUGACAAUGUGUAAAUAUUAUUGAAGAGGUAGUGUGGGCAUUUAAAAAUUUUCCCACGAUAACAUUUGCCCCAGAGUAAUCCUCAAUUUUUAAUUAAUUUUGUUACUAGCUCCCAUAUCGUUGUUGACAUUGAUUAGAAAUGAGAUAUAUGAAUUAUUAGUUGAUUAGACGUUCUACCAUUCGUACGUUACCUAGCCCAUGAUGAUGUGAUUUUUUUCAUUCAAUUCGGUGAAUAAAUUAUUCAUUAAAAAAAAAAUUAUUCAUUGCCCAUUGGUUUUUCGAGUCACCGCGAAAUGAAAAUAAAAAAAUAAAUACCCAGACUUCGAUGCAACUCACAGCACUGAAUUAUAGUAUUCGCGACAUGAGGCGCACGGUACAUAUUGUUAAAAAAAGAAUAAGAGAAUAAUUAUUCUCAUGCAACACCGUGGGAUUUAUUGAUGGCUUCGAGAUAGGUAAUCUUGUAUAUAUUAAAAAAUCACAAAUAUACUAAUGAAAAAUGAGUCACCAAGUAAAUAUGAAAGAGCAUUUUAGAUUUAAGAACUGAUUAAUUGAGAAUAUUAAAAAUGAGGCACGCUUUUUUAUUUAAUCCGAAUGUUCUGGCUGAAUUUUGACUGUAAGAACAUUCUCGUGGGUGGUCUGACAUUGACGAGAUUCAUCAAGAUUUUAUUCUCGAUUAUUCUCGAUUAUUCUCGAUUAUUCUCGAUUAUUCUCGAUGUCGGGAUUCAUCUUGAUCAGUCUCUCAAUGACACCUGAUUAAUUUAAUUCAACUCUAGUCAUGAUUAAACGUAAAAUAAAGGGUAAUAAACUUGGUAUCUAAUUAAUAAAGUGGAAAUAUUACCAACUGGACUGUGUUGAUGAAAUAAUUCUUCACCACGGAAUAACGACAGACGAAAAUAAUUGAUUGUGGAUGAAAAAAUUAAUACAAAUGUGUUAUCAAUUUUCUUGCUUGCUGACUGUUGUAGUGAUUGAUAGUUUUAUUUUGUUAAACGGUAUGAAAAAUAGUAUUGCAUACAUUAAAACAACAAACACUUGUCAUAAGUAUUGAAUAUUCAUGGUAACUGGUGGAUAAUGAUUAAUGAAAUUGAUGUUUUUGGAAAAUAUCUGGAUUUACUCUUGAGGAAAAAUAAUUGAGGAAAAUGUAUUUGAAAAUUGAAAUGAAAUACCAAUAUUAUAGGACUAACUUCUAUGGGUGAAAAUAGUUUCUAUAUAUGCAAGGAAUAUAUAUAUAUAAAUAUGAAUAAAUUUAAUAUUUACCGUGAUGUCGCGAAAGAGAGUGAAAUAUUUAAUGAAAAUUUUAACAAGGCGUUGACAGUACGACAAUUAUUCGAUCUGAAUAAUGGCGUUGAACAUCUGUGAGUGCUAAAAUUUUGGGUGAAAAUAUGAAAAGUAUUGAGUAUGUUAAUCCAUGUAUUUGUUUUUCAUUAAUUGUGAAGCCCGGUAAUGAUGAAGUCAUUAUUUCCGUUUAAACUCGAAUCACUUACUCCAGGCAUGGUAAAGUUUAAAAGUUUCACCGAAAUAUUAAAAAGGAAAAACAAACUACAAGUAACAAUUUUAAUGCUGAUGAAAAAAAAACUAAACGUGCAUUUAUUAUUCUUAUGAUUAUUACUAUUAUUACAUGAAUUACGAGAUAGUAACUGGUGUAAGAGCAAUCAUGUAAUAAAUCGAUCAAUAAAAAGCUUACGUGCUUAAAA